AUGUUAAACCUAUAUGGGUAGGCGAUAGCAUCAAGGUGAUCCAGAGGACACACGCUGGUCAGGUUAUGCAAACAAGUCAUUUGAGGGUUUUUGCGGCCGUGAGACUGCAGGAAUGCUGAUUUGCCUGAGCUGACAUGCUGCACUGAAUGUAGUACGGUAGGGCUCUUGACUCCCUCCGAGGAACACACACACACACACACACACACACACACACACACACACACACACACACACACACACACACACACACACACACACACACACACACACACACACACACACACACACACACACACACACACACACUUAUGUCAUUGCAAAGACCGGAACCACAACUCCUUCCUGACCGCACUCAUUCAAAUGGUGCCUCUUGCCUUUAUAUAUAUAUAAGCCACCAGAGAGAAUCGCCAUCACUUUGCCAUCACAGCCAUGCUAUUCAUAGACAACUUUUGAACGACACCAGCUGGGGGAUGAGGUACGACCCUUCGAUGAACUGAUCUGAAGGAGAUUAUUUUCCGAGACACGGGGGGGACAACACAACAAGCGCUAUGAAGGGAACAAACAAGCUCGCCAUCUUGAUCGUCACCGGCAUGUUGGCGGUCACCACCGUCUUCUUCAACCUCUACAUCCUCCUGAUGAGCCUGCAGAGCAAGGCGAAGAAGAAGUGGGCGCCGUGCGAGACCAUCAUCGUGGCCCUGUGCGUGGGCAACGGCGCCCACCAGCUCGUCUGCCUCGUGUGGAUGACCAUGGACCAGAUCGACCAGCACUGCCUGAUCACCCACGCUUACUACACCACCGUCCUGCUGCUCCUCUUCAGCCUCAAGUUCACCAUCAUGUGGACCACCGCCUUCCUCACCUUCUACUACAGCACCAAGCUGGUGACCACGCCCAACGAGUGCUACACCCAGCUCCAGACGGCCAUCGUGAAACACGCCGCCAUGGUCGUGUUCCUCAUCCCCCUCAUGGGCCUGGUCACCUGCAUGCCCAUGAUGGCAGUGUUCCACGAGUACCACACCAACGAGACCGACGCCCUCAACGAGGACUGCGGGAUGAUCACCCCGGACACCGCCUCGGGCAAGGCGUACGACGCCCUGUACCUCGUGGCCGCCGACGUGCUCCCGGGGCUGCUCAUGAUCAAGUGCUGCGUCUCCAUCUCGGUGCACCUGGCCAUCCACCUCCAGCACAUGAAGUCCAGCACCAACGGCGCCCACGCCCCAAAGCUGGGCACCCAGAUGCGGGUGAUCCGCAUGACCCUGUCGCUGGUGCUGGUGUUCCUGUGCUUCCUGGUGGUUGACCUGUACGUCAACUACCAGAUCGCGGUGAAGCACGACAACGCCAUCGGGAUGACCUUCUUCAUCACGUCGUUCUACACCACCCUGAGUGCCAUGGUGCUGAUCUACGGUAAAAAAACCUUCUGGAAGAAGCUGUCGGCAUCCUGCCUCAGCGAGCUGCCGUGUCUGCCCAGGCGAGAGGAGAAGCAAGCUCCCACCGACCACAAAUAACCGGAGCUCAAUGUUUAGAGUGUUGUUUUAUUUCAUGCGCCAUAUGGUUGCGUAUUGUUACAUCUCUUCCUAUAGCUCUGUAUAAGAUUGUGAUGUGAUGAUAAGAUGUGCCGUUUUUACUCAAAUCCAUGUUCCUCAGAGCGUAAGGUAAAAAAAGAGGAAAAAUUUGUGAUGGGCUAUUCAUUGUAAAAUCACAUCAUGCCUUUUCUGGGCUCAUCACAAUUGGGAUUGUACUUUACCUCCUUAACAUACAUAUUUAAUAACACUGGGAUGUGAUCCAAAUUGUGGUCAUGCUUUGGAAACACGGAUAUGCUGUGACAAACUCUGGUAGUUACCAUCUCAGACGUUUGAAAAAUACAUGUCACAAAGGGCACAGCCUGUAUUAAUAAAACAGGGCCCACAACCCAAAUCCCAUUUUAUUUUUCUUGCAUCUCAAAAGGUCCCUCAGAGUUCUCGCCUGUAUCGCAGAUGGCUGCGGCUGCAAAAUAGGACAACAGCAGCCUGGAGAUUCGAGAGGCCUGCUUAUGCGGCUGGAGGUCUUCUGGGUAGAGCUUCCGUACCUGCGGGGAGCCGGGGCGAGGUAGAGAUGUAACCUACAUUGCUGCCGUGCACUCGGGACUCUGGUUUUAAGUGCGUACUUGAACCGGCCGGCUCCCAUGUGUGAAUAGGCACAACAGAGGUGCUUUCUG